UACUAGCCCAAGUUUUUCUGGGCACCGGGUGCCAAUGAUGACCUCAUGAGCUCCAGGCUCAAGACCGUAGGCAUACAGUUCUUGCUGACACUGUCUUGAAUAGCCCUCAGCCUUUCAUGCGUCCAUUCAUUCUCUCCAGUCCUCUGGCGACAAAAUUACUCCCUCAUAAUUAGCCAUUGUCCCCGUUUUUGGCUAGUCUGAAAAAAAAAAAAAAGUUUUUUUUUGGCUAGUCACUUUUGUGCCCUCCCCCAACCCCCAUUUUUAACCUUUUUUGCCUGUCUAUCACACCUCCAUCUUGUCUGAUAUGUUUAUUGUAAAAUUAAGCAAAAUACAGCCCCCUUCCUCUAUCUAUCUUUAGCAUUCUCACUUCAUUCUGUCUCUCUGUCUUCUGUCCUCGUCACAGUGGACUGUUGUAGAUUUUACACUCGAUUUGUUGACUCCUUUGCUUUAAAGUCGGCCGCUCUGAAGAAAAGUAUCUUUAUAAAUGACAUGACCUGUCCCUGAAUGGUGCUUUGUUUACUGUUUUUCCAAAAAGGGGCCCCCACUAUAUUUCAUCUGUCAGAGUUGCUUUUCUUCCUCCCAACAAUGCUUGAUUGUUUCCACACACAAAAAAAAAAUAAAAAAAAAUUGAGAGGGACAGAAAGAGUAAGAGGAAGAGAGAGAGAGAGAGAAAGAAACAGAAAGUACGAAAAAAAGAAUCCAGGUUCCACAGACAGGAGAAUUCUGUAUUAUAUUUUCCUGCCAAAUUCCGAUCUCUGUUUUCCUUCCCCUACACACACAAAGGGCUCAUAACUUACUGUCAACUGUGAGGGAAACCACAAAGCUCCACUGUUGCUCUGCAAAUAGGCUGUGUUGCUUGAUGGCUUCACUGGCUGUAAAGUUUGCUUAACUGCAGCACUGACACCAGGCACUUUGGGAACUGCCGCCCCGUAAGGCCCUGAGUGAGGGACGGAGAGACGGCGAGCUGUUUUUCUUGCGUCUAAGAGUCAUCUCCGGCCGCACUGGGACUGAAAGAGACCACGUGCGAGGGAGACGCUGUGUGUGUGUGAGCGGAGGAGCUUAACAGCUGCUCUGCCGGUUGCUCCGUUCAUGUGUGUGAGUGUACUUCGUUCAGCGUGGCGUCGGAUGUGUUCUGACAAGACGUGCUGUGGCUGGGACGAACGGCCUGUCUGUGCUCGAGUGUUUUUGUGUGUGUUUGUGUGUAUCAGAAUUUGAGGAAGUGUUAUGCCAUCCAGCUCUGAAGUGGUGUGUGAAGAACAGAGAAGGACAGGAGCGGCCAAACAGGCUGAGGGGGACAGUAUCAGAAUCAUGUCUUCCAAGCAAGCCACCUCUCCGUUCGCCUCGACCCCUGACGGAGGCGAGGAUGGAGUGAAUCAGGAGCGCAUGUCCUGGGAGAAAGAGGAGAACUCAGAGUCACUAGUUAACCCUCAGCUGCCCCUGCACAAUCUGCUCCACAACAAACCUCCCCUGGAGGAGCUCCAGCCAAUCAGCAGCAGUGUGCCGCCCGAGUCCGACUGGGACAGCCUGAUGUCAGCCCAGCAGCGCAUGGAAUCGGACAGCAAUAAAGUAUGUUCCUUAUACUCCUUCCGGAAUAACUCUACCUCUCCACACAAGCCAGAGGAGGGGGCCAGGGAGCGCGGCGACCUGCUGAGCAGUUCAGCCUUCGGAACGCCAGAGCGCCGCAAAGGAAGCCUGGCCGAUGUGGUGGACACACUGAAACAGAAGAAACUAGAGGAGAUGACAAAGACAGAGCAAGAUGAAUCCUCCUGCAUGGAGAAACUCCUUUCUAAAGACUGGAAAGAGAAGAUGGAGCGACUCAACACAGGCGAGCUGUUAGGAGAAAUUAAAGGUACUCCAGAAAGUCUUGCAGAGAAGGAGCGACAGCUCUCCACCAUGAUCACACAACUCAUCAGCCUGCGAGAGCAACUCCUGGCCGCCCAUGAUGAGCAGAAGAAACUGGCUGCCUCACAGAUGGAGAAACAGCGUCAGCAAAUGGAGCUGGCACGUCAACAGCAAGAGCAGAUUGCCAGACAACAGCAGCAACUUCUGCAGCAACAGCACAAAAUCAAUCUCCUCCAGCAGCAGAUCCAGCAGGUCCAGGGUCACAUGCCUCCGCUCAUGAUCCCCAUUUUUCCACACGACCAGCGCACUCUGGCAGCAGCCGCGGCAGCCCAGCAGGGCUUCCUCUUCCCCCCAGGCAUGUCCUAUAAGCCAGGUGAUAACUACCCAGUGCAGUUCAUUCCAUCCACAAUGGCAGCUGCUGCCGCAUCAGGACUCAACCCUCUCCAGCUCCAGCAACUCUACGCCGCCCAGCUGGCCAGCAUGCAGGUCUCUCCAGGAGCCAAGAUGCCUCCGCUGCCCCAGCCCCCCAAUUCUACUGGGCCGAUCUCCCCGUCUGGCUUGAAGAAUGAAAAGAGGGCCUCAACCCCACUGGCUCAUGUCAAGGAGGAGGGAACGCAGCCUCUCAACCUCUCCGCCCGACCCAAGACAGCUGAGCCCGUCAGAUCCCCCACAUCCCCGACACAGAGCCUCUUCCCAGGCAACAAGAGCAGCCCGAACAGCCUGUCCAAGAGCAGAGGCAUCCCCAGCCCCAUCGGAGGAAUGGGCCGUGGCUCAUCUCUUGACAUUCUGUCAAGCCUGAACUCAACAGCGCUGUUUGGAGAUCAGGAUGCAGUGAUGAAGGCCAUCCAGGAAGCGAGGAAGAUGAGGGAGCAGAUUCAGAGAGAGCAGCUUCAGCACCAUCAGCAGGGAAUGGAGGCCAAGCUGUCCGCCCUCACCAGCAUGGGCCUGAACAACUGCAGGGCUGAUAAGGAGAGGUCUCAUUAUGAUAACCUGGGCCAUCACCUGGGCAAACUAGGCGAGGAUGGGAAGAUUGGUCACAGAGUCAUCGAUCUCACCAGGCCAGAGGAUUUCGAGGGGUGUAAGGAACUGAAUGGCUCUGCAGAUAAACCACAUCAGUAUUAUUGUUGGCCAACAGGAGGCGCCAGCACUGCCGAGGCACGGGUCUACAGGGAACCCCGGGGAAGGAACAGCAACGAACCUCACAUCAAACGGCCCAUGAACGCCUUCAUGGUCUGGGCCAAAGAUGAGCGCCGCAAAAUCCUUCAGGCCUUCCCAGACAUGCACAACUCCAACAUCAGCAAAAUCUUGGGAUCUCGCUGGAAGUCCAUGACGAACCAGGAGAAACAACCGUAUUAUGAGGAGCAGGCACGGCUCAGCAAGAUCCACCUGGAGAAGUAUCCCAACUACAAGUACAAGCCCCGGCCCAAGCGCACCUGCAUCAUCGAUGGCAAGAAGCUGCGCAUAGGCGAGUACAAGCAGAUGAUGAGGUCAAGGAGGCAGGAGAUGAGGCAGUUCUUCACUGUGGGGCAGCAGCCACAGACGCAGAUCCCCAUCACCACCAGCGCAGGUGUUGUAUACCCCGGUGCCAUAACAAUGGCGACCACCACGCCCUCCCCUCACAUGACGUCAGACUGCUCCAGUGCCUCAGCCAGCCCCGAGCCCACCAUCCCCGUCAUCCAGAGCACCUUCAACAUGAAGAUGGAACCGGACACCAUGGUAACUAACGACCCCGUGAACGGAGAGGACGAGAUGGACAUGUACGAGGACUUUGAGGACGAGCCCAAAUCGGACUACAGCAGUGAGAAUGACACACACGAGCCGGUCAGUGCCAACUGAGGCAAAAACAGCCAGCAAAGAACAUCCUGAAGAAGAUGAAAAAGAGUACAACAACAACAACAAAUAAAAAGAAAACUAAAAACUUGUUUCUGAUGAAAUGCAUUUUGGGAGCCAGCAUGCAGAUGUGGCUCCUGCAGAUUUAACAGCUAUUGGUCUUAAGUGUUUCUCCGAGUGUGAAACAAUUUGAUUGUGUUUUAUUUUGGCUUUUUUUUUUAAUUGUUAUUUUAUUGAAUUUUUUUUCUUGUGUUUUGAUCAUGGACAAUUUAGGGUAUUUCCUACAACAUUUUUGAAUAAUAGGACUUGACGAUUGAAACAUUUCAUAUGAAUCCAUAACUCACAGUCUUACUUAAAUUCAUAUGGAUUUACACAUGUAUUGUUUUUUUCUUUUGAAGCGUACAUUACUGUUUUCGAUGGGGUUCUAUAUCUCACUCAGGUAUGCUGUACCAGCCAACAGCUUGUGAAUGUUUUUAAUCAGAACUAUUUAAAAGGAAAAAGACGACACUUCAUUAGACAUUUCAUAAUACGAUAAAACUGAAGAAGUCCUUACAUUUGAACCAUAGAGGGAAAGCCUAAAACUCCCCAUUAUUAUUGUUGUUCUUGUUAUUAUUAAUACUACUAGUACUACUACAAGUCCAGAUGUGCCAAACAUAUCAUAAGCUUCCUGCUCUUAAAUCUUAAAUUUGAAAGUCUUAAAGAAGAGACUGCAUGAGUCUUAGACAAUCCUUGCAAUCUUAUCUACAAAGCCCACUUUUUUUUCCUCUUCUCCCAGUUUUAUGUCCUCUCCUCUUUUAUUGACAACCACGUCCAAAUGCUCAGGAACUAAGAAUGUCCUAGUUCUCCAGGAGGUUCAAUGCAGUGAUCACUCCGACCACCACCCUCAUCUAGUUUAGUCUUACCCGCUCGGUUCUUAAUCACAGUGAUUGUAAUCAGGCCAGAAUGCCAAGGGGCCAAAUGGCAUCCAAUCUGCAGAAUUGGACAGGCAGCGAAAGGCAGCUUUGGUGUAUUACAAUCACAAAUUGCUGUUGUACAACAUGUACAAGCACAUUCUGCUGAAGUCUUUAGCUCCAUAUUCCAGGGCAGCAAGUUUAAAGUCUUUUAUUUACACUUAAGUCUUGUAGACAUUGUAAUCUUAACUGACAGAAAUAGUCUUAAAGCAGAGCAUAUGGUCUUUGGGCCUCUGCAGUGUGUUCAUCGUUAAGUCUUAAGAGAACGUCCAGUUUAUCAGGAUGUUUUGGCCAGUCAUGCCAGAAGAGUUAAGGAGAAAUUUAACUAAAUGAAUAAUGGCACUUAUUUUC